AUGUCUGAAGCUAGUGUAACCUCCGAUGCCACAGUUUUGGCUACUACCAAGUCCAAACAAUCUCAGCUGAACGAUCACAGUGCCGACCCUACUCGUAACCGGCUUCCAAUGAAUUGUACCAAAUGUGGAUUAGAUAACCACAAAAUUAAGGGAUGUUAUGAGAUCAUUGGUUAUCCACAAGGAUGGGUUCACAAAGGCGGAAAGAAGGAUUCGACCAAAGCCUCAUUUGCAUCUGUUGAGUCAUCCUAG